GCGGCGAUCGUCAUGGAUAAUACAUCCACAUUCAGAAUCACACCCGCGAUUGGUGUGACCUAUCACAUGGGCAGCACUGAUGAAGACGAGGAUAGCAAAGAGAUACUGCCCGAACACGCCGCGCACGAUGAGGGCAAGAACGAGAAAGCUCACGAUCCUCAAGCUGCGCGAGCAGAGGAGGAGGAGGAGGAGGAGGAGGUUAUGCCCUACCCUACUCCAAUGAGCGUGGCGGAAGGCAAACGCAGGGCGGCGGAAGUCGAGGAGGCCGACGACGCUGCCCGUCAGUCAGAUCAGCUACGCGGGAAGAAGGCCAGAGUGGAUGUCCGCGCGCCAAAUUACAUCUACAUCUCAUCCGACUCGGAGGACGACGUCAAAGAUAGCUCCAAGCCCAGCAGUAAACCCGGGCGUCCAUCAAAGCCUGCAGAGUCCAAGCAGGAGGAGGCGCACAAGUCUUCAGCAUCGCCAGGCUUGGAGAGAGGUUCGGUGGAACGGUUACAGCCGGAUACCCCUAAAUGGCUCGCAACGCAACUCACACAGAUCCAGAGGCUAAAUCCGAGCGCAAAGCUCGAGCUACUUUACCACUACUCCGUCGACGGAGACGUCUGGACUAUCAAAUGUCUGACAUGCUCCACCAGGAAGGAGUCCAAGGUGAUCUGCGUCGGCCCCACGGAGCAUCUCAAUUACCUGCGGAGGCACCUCAAUGGACGCCCGCACCUGCUCGCACUCGGCAUCGUACCCCCGUCCAAGGAUGCCGCACAACGACCGCAAGCAAGACCGCCCCGGCAGCUCCGAAAGCCGUCUCCCCGUCUCCCUGCGGGGCGAUCUCACGCUGCCGCGGCGCCUGCGAUGGCUCAGAUGCGACAGAAUGCUCGGGUGCGCGACGUGCAGGACGAUGCCGUCGAGCGUUUCCUGGACCAGAUUGGCUUGCCUGUGAGGCUUGCGGAGAAGCUGCAUGCGUUUGGCAUAAUGAAUGAGGAGCGCUUGAACAUGGCGGCACGAUGGAAGGAUGAGGGUCUCAAAGUCCUCAUGGACUCUCUGCACACAGAGGCGAAGAUCGACUACAUGUCGUGCGUAGCUAUCAGGAACGGACUGAAGGCUCGUGGGAAUGCUGCAUGAUCUCUAUAAAAUGUACGAUUCGCGUCUGGAUGAUGUAAACCAACCUUGUAAGAA